AUGAAGAACACAAACACCAACACGAAAUUCAUCCUUCUCCACCCUUACAUACAAAAACAAGGAAGCUCCAAUCGCUUAUGGCUCCUAGCCUUCGUAUCAAUCCUCACUCUCGCUUUCCUCGUCACCCUCAUUUACUCCAGAGAAUCCACCUUCAUCACCACCGCGACAUCUUCUGUGAUUGCUUCUUCCAAUGCCCCGGUUUCUGGUCUCGGAAGUGCUCCUUUGCCAGCCACAGUGAUCAACACUCUCCUCCACUACGCCUCAAAAUCAAACGACACCAACCAGAUGCCACAUUCAGAUCUCAAACCCAUCUCUGACGUGCUCCGAAAGUGCCCAUCCCCAUGCAACUUCCUCAUCUUCGGUCUCACAGCCGAAACCCUUCUCUGGAAAGCCCUCAACCACAAUGGCAGAACCGUGUUCAUCGACGAAAACCGCUACUACGCUGCAUAUUACGAAGAACUGCACCCAGAAAUCGACGCCUACGACGUGCAAUACACCACCAAAAGAAGCGAGAUGAAGGAGCUCAUAGCCUCUGCUAAAGAACGGGUAGCCAACGAGUGCAAGCCAGUUCAGAAUCUUCUGUUUUCAGACUGCAAACUGGGACUCAACGACCUUCCCAACCACGUGUACGAGGUUGACUGGGAUGUCAUAUUGGUGGACGGACCACGUGGCGACUGGCCCGAUGCUCCCGGUAGAAUGUCGGCUAUCUUCACCGCAGGGGUUCUGGCGAGGAGCAAAAAGGGUGGGAACCCUAAGACUCAUGUGUUUGUGCAUGACUUCUCUGGGGAAGUGGAAAAGGUUUGCGGGAGUGAGUUUCUGUGCAGUGAGAAUUUGUUGGAGGCAAGUGGGAACUUGGGGCAUUAUGUUGUGGAAAGGAUGGAUGAGAGUAGUGUUCAGUAUUGUAAGAGUCACUCUUCUUCUGGAUCAGGGAAUGCUUCAUCGACAUAA